UUCUGCCAUCACUUCACCACACCACAAUGCUACAGCCUUCAUAGUACCGGACUCUACCGCCCUCAAGGCUUAUUUAACACCCCCUUUUAAAAUGUCGGCACAGCCUUCGGACGCAGAGUUCGAGACUUCAAGAAUCUUCGUCAAGGGCAUCCCCCCGACGAUCAGCGAUGCCGACUUCAAGAAGCACUUCUCGGCUGGCGGACGAGAAGUCACCGAUGUCAAGGUCAUCUUGCCUCGGCGAAUUGGCUAUGUCGGCUUCAAGACAUCGGAGGAUGCGAAGAAGGCCGUGAGGUACUUCAACAAGUCGUACAUACGCAUGUCGAGGAUCGAAGUGCAGCUUGCAAGACCUAUUGCAGACCCUGCUCUGAAGAGGAACUGGAAGAGCGACCAAUCGACCCCUGCAGCAUCGUCGACAGCGCUCCCGCCGGCUAAUGCGGUUCGGGACGCCAACGGCGAUGCAGCGGCCAAGAAACGGAAGAGGGACGAGGUUGAUGAAUCUGACCCCAAGUUGCGGAGUACUUGCAGACUUUCCAGCCAGGAAAGACCAAUGCCGCGGAUGAGAUGACCGAAGUCAUCGACAGCAAGGCGAUCGCUGAGAAGAAGAAGCUUCUUCAAGAUGGCGAGAGCGAUGAUGAAUAUGAGACCAUCCCAACGAGGCCAGACAAGAAGCAGAUGAGGGAAGCGCCAAGCAACCAGCAGCCUGAGCCGCCUCAACAACCCCCACACAUGACACCUGUUGAAGACGCCGAAGAC